CAGUAGUCGUAAUUUAUGGCAAUUGUACAAACAAGACGGAAAAAUGAUGCGAGAUUAAAAAGCAACAAAAAUAAAUAUAUAUAUGUAUAUAUAUAUUCUUUUUUUUUGCUUUUUUUUUAUAACGCAUUGCUGUAAAGACUAAAUUAAGUGAGACGGCGGCAACGUCGGCAGUCGGGUGCAAAAUUUUCGUCCAAACUGUAAAUUGAAAAAAAAAAAAAAUAACCAAAAUCAAAAGAACAACAAAUAAACAAAACGCAGCGCAGCGCAGGUGUGCGUGUGUGUGUGUGUGUGUGUGUGUGUGUGUGUGUGUGUGGGCGCCAGGCGUAGCCAACAACACGCAGAGCAAUAGGGAUUAUAAGAAGCAGUUGGACCGGGGUGAAAUCCGCAGGCAGCAGCUGCAAUUGGGACAUGUCCAAGGUGCAGCCAAUGGCGUCGGCGUCGGCGCGCCAAUUGGGCGGCGAGAGUGUGACCAUAGCACAUGCAGAGGCAAGCGGAGAUGCGGCCAGCGUGGAUCUGAACGCAUUGGACUACACAAGCAGCAGCUCGAUCAUUGAGUUCCUGGCCAAGGAGCAGGACUGCAACAUCGAGCCAGCCGAUCCGGAUAGCAUAUUCCAGGAAGUCAAUCGGCUCGCGGACAGCACAGAUCUGCGCUCCGUGGAUGAGCUGCUGUUGGAAGCGGAGCGUCUCAUUCAGCAACAGCUGCGCUUGGGUGACGGCGACGGCGGCGGCGACGGCGACGGCGACAUCGAUGCCAAUGGCCAGCUGAAGACGCCCUCAACCACGUCACCGCAGUCGCUGUCAUCGUCACAGAACAGCAUUAAGCUGAACACGCGCUUCACGCGUCGCAUCGAGCAUGUUACCACCGUCACCACGAGCACCACCAGGACCACCAGUCCAAGCCAUGCCAAAGCCAAUUACAACAACAACAACAACAACAAAUUCAAAUCUGUGGCCAACUCCUCGACGUCAACGCCAGCCGAGCCGCUGGGCAACUUUGUGGCAUUUGUUGAGAACCUGCCCUCAGAAUCGGUCAUCUCCGAGGAGUCCACACCCAAGGAUCUGCACAAUCAUACGCACAACGGCGACGCCUUCGCUCAGCUGCAGCUGGAACAGCUCGACAACACCGAUGACGACGAGGAUACGAUGGAGGAGCUAACCGAAGCGGAGGACUGUGCCGCGGCAGUGUUGGCCGCCGGCUCGCGGCGCAGCUCCGGGCAGGGCAAUCCCGUCCAGCCGGUCCAGCCGGCCAAUCGCGGCGGGCAGCAGAAGCCCAUCGCUCCGAUGGCCAGCUACAGCGAGAAGGCGGUGGGCAGCUCGCCCAAGCAUCUGGUCAGCACAUUGAGCUCGCCCAUUGAGCAGAUCGCGUGCAGCGUGUCGCGGGAGCAUGCGCUCAAGAACGAGAUCGAUCAGCUGCAGGAGCAGCUGAAGGAUACCGAGGAGCGCCUGGCCUCGGUCCGGCUGCAGAGCGAAUCGCUCUCGCAGACACAGCGCGCGCUGCGCGAGCACAACGGCCGGCUGCAGGAGGAGUCCGAAAUGCUCAAGCUGGACGUGCAGCACCUGCACGAAUGCGCCGGCGUUUUGCGCAGCGAACUGCAGUCGGCGCGCCGGGAUCGCGACGAGGCCAUCCAGCUGGAGCGUUCACUGCGCGCCGAACUAGAGGAGGCGCAACAGGAUCGCCGGCACGCAGCCGAUGGCAAGGAGAAGGACGCACGCAUCAUACAGGAUCUGCAGCGGCAGUGCCGCGAAAUGGAGCGCAUACUCAUGCGCAAGCAUCCCGACUCCGUCUCGGCGCUGAUAGUUGCCUCGAAGAGCACGGGCAUCUGCUCGCUGAACGACCAGGAGAACGUGAACAGCCGCAAGCUGCUGGAGCAGCGAAUUGCCCAGCUGGAAUCGGAUGCCAAAGAGCAGGAUCGCAAGGCACAGCAGAUACUGGCCAAUGUGCAGGCGCGCUUCAAUUCUGUGCAGGCCAAAUACGAGACGCACAUUGCCGACCUGGAGACGCAGGUGCUCAGCCUGCAGGAGAUCAACACAAAGCUGAACGAACAAAUUGAAUCCCAGGUGCGCACCCUGGAUCGCUUCAUGCAGAAGCGCGCCGACAGAUACUACAACAACUGCACCCAAACGGACGCAGUCGGCGCCCAGACGGAUCCAAAGCCUCUCGGCCACAACAAGGCCAUCCACACGGGCACCCAGACGCAGGCGAGCGGUGCCAUGCGGGAUCACAGCACCAACACCAUUGGUUGCCCCUCGCCCAGCAUCAGCUGCCAGCAGCAUCUGCAACAGCAGCUCCAGCAGCAGCAGCAGCAGCAGCAGCAACUGCACUCGGCCGGGAGCAGCAGCACCAGCAGCACAGCCAACUCGACGCCGAACACGUCGCGUCCCAAUUCAAAACAGAGCGGCGCACAGCGACGCAAUCCGGCGAUUGCCAACUCCAAGCUGCCCAUUUCCCAGUCCGAGUCCACAUUGUCGCUGCUCAGCCAUGGCCAUGGCCAUUUGCAGCCAGCCGGCCACAAGGAGGACACACAGCUGCUCAGCUCGGUGCGCAGCAUGCGCAUCGACUUGGCGCUCAAGAACAAGGCCAUGCAGCGCCUGACACGUGAGCUGGACGAUUGCAAGAAGACCAUCAGGAAGCUGCAGCGGGAACGGGAACGGGAACGGGAGCAUGCGGGAGCAGCUGCUGCUGUUGCUAGUCCAGGUUCGCGUCUGGAGAACAAACUUCAUGGCGGCGCUGGCGGCGGCGGCGGCGGCAUGUCGGCCAGCGGAGGUGCCGCCCAGCGACGUGGACAUGAUCAUCAUUAUCAUCAGCAUUAUCCGGAUCAUGUGCCAGCGACCACGGAGAAUCAGGCGCUGAAAGAGGCACAGAACAAGUUUCAUCUGCUGGAGGCGGACUACAAAACGCUGCACGAUAAGCGGCUGCAGGAUCUAAAGACCCUGCAGAGCGCACAUGAGCGUGAGUUGGCCUCCUGCAAUGAGACGGUGCGCAUAUUGCAGCAGCGUUUGAAUGAGCGCGAGGAGGCGUUUGCCACACAGAAGCGCCGCAAGGUGCCCGUCGACUACUAUGCGCUGAAGGCCAAGGUCUCGCUGCUUGAGCGGCGCCAUUCAGAGCGGGAGGAGCGGCUGCAUAUGCUCGUGGAGGCGCUCAGCAAAGGUCGACUCAAUGGGGCUCUCGAGGAUCUGUUGCAGGAGAACAACAACAAGUAGAUUAUUGGGCAUAGUUGUAGUUGUUUGGCACAAGGAUAUUGUGACUGAACAGAAAGCGAAAACUCGCAAUUUAACGAGUUAUCGAUAUCGUUGCGUUAUCGUUAUCGGCUCGUUAUCGUGCAUGCAGAAAGCGAAUCAAUUGUCUGAUUCGAAAUGAAAAAGAAAAACAAGCAAAUCAAAAUUCACAAAGUAUUCGUGUUGUUAUGCUUUCAACAAAUUACAUUUAUGUUAAAUAAUAAUUAAUUUUUAUUUACAUUGAUUAAGAUUUAUCGAUAAGUCGAUAACAGUUGCAACACAUGCGCAAUUCCAGCCAAAUUGUAUGUUUAUUUAUAUGUUUUUUUUUAGAUCUUUAAUAGAUUCUCGAAUAGAUCUGAGCGUAGCAUAAAGUUAAGAUAUAAACUAAAUAGAUCUCACUACAAAAGUCAA